CCAGAACUGAGAAUAUUUAAGAGGACAUGAAUUUAGGAAUCACCAGCUAAUGUUUAAAGCCAUAUGAAUGAAUGCUAACACUUCAUAAAUGUACGUACAAAGAAAAUAGUAGACAGUCAAAGACUGUCUAGUGGUUGUAAAGAGUAGGGAGGGCCAGGCGUUGUGGCACACACCCUUAAUCCCAGGACCCAUGAGGCAGAGGUAGACAGAUUUCUGAGUUUCAGACAAACCAGGGCUAUGCAGAGAAAGGGGUCAAUCAGCAGGAUGAGCCAGUGACUCUAAGAAGACGACCGCAACAGUGAAUUACCGAACAGAUCUUGUAACGGAAGAAGUCAGUUGUGUCAGAUGCUCCAGUCCAGUGAAGAGCCGCCUCAGCAUCUGUUUCAUGACAGCCCAAAGCUUGGUGUGAGUUUGUGGGGGCUAGACGAAGAGUGGAAACAGACAUCAAUGCAAGCCUGAAGAAAAAUUAAUUGCUUCCUUUUAAGCCAUGGCAUAUCAGUUAUACAGAAAUACGACUUUGGGGAACAGUCUUCAAGAGAGCCUUGAUGAGCUCAUACAGUCUCAACAGAUCACCCCCCAGCUUGCCCUUCAAGUUCUACUGCAGUUUGAUAAAGCUAUAAAUUCAGCACUGGCUCAGAGAGUCAGGAACAGAGUCAAUUUCAGGGGCUCUCUAAAUACAUACAGAUUCUGCGAUAAUGUUUGGACUUUUGUAUUGAAUGAUGUUGAAUUCAGAGAGGUGACAGAACUUAUUAAAGUGGAUAAAGUGAAAAUUGUAGCCUGUGAUGGUAAAAAUACUGGCUCCAAUACUGCGGAAUGAGUAGAAAAAGGAGGCUUUUUAGCCACCUUCUGGUAUUCUCAUCGCUUUUUGAAGAGAAACAGAAGAGACUUUUUUUUUUUAAUUUAUUCUCACGGUGCACAAAUGACAACACUGUGCUGUAUUCACUAGCCAAGGGUCCCACAGAGAGAAGCACGUGACUCUGUUCUCUUAUGUGACCUUUGGUACACAGCAUAAAGAAAUGACAAAUCAAAAGUGGUUGCCUUCAUAAGAAUAUUCUUCAAUAAACUUGUUUUAAAACUUG